AUGGCUUCCUUCGACAACCCGGGCCCCAUCGAGAUGCUCGUCACGGACGUGCUCAUCAAGAUGCUGCCAGAGGACGUGCAGCAUGCUGCCAAGAAGAUGGGUGCCCAGGUUACAGAGGCAUUCACGGCGGUGGCCCGUGGUGUCGCCCUUGGUGCGAAGCAGGCGAGUGGCGCUGCCGUGCAGGCUGCCCCUCAGGACGCCUGCGCGCUGGCUGUACUGGAAAAGGCCCUGCAUGUCUCCAAGCAGGCCAUGGGGCUUAAGGACAAGCCGAUCAUCUCCGUCCGUGCUGCGUCGCGCCUAGGCCAGUUUAGCAAGGCUCGGAACGUCGGAGCCCAUCCCGAUGUAGGCCUGGAGGACACCAUCUACGAGAUGCUCUCGAACCAGGACUCGGACGUGGACUCCAACAAGUGCUGGGAGAGCGCCGAGCAGAAGGAGAGGCUGGAGGUGAGCAACUUUGCGAACCUCGGGGCCCUAGAGCGGACGUUCCAGAAGAUGCAGGCGGGUACUCACGUGCUGAAGGCGUCCGUGGACAGCACCGACACCUCCUUCGCGGGGCACGCCAACGAGGACGAUGUGGCGCGGACCGCCGUGGAGCCCCACAAGCGCGACAGAGAAUGCGACAAGCUGAUCAGUUGCGCGAGGAGCGACGCGCGAACUGGGAGGAUGUGGCUUGACGGGCACGUUCUGACAUGGCUGGUAACGGACCUGCACCGCGGCGACGGAAUUUCUAUCUCCCACCAGAAUUUCAGCCUGAUUUACAGAUGGGGACGGAAGACCUCGCACCUGGAGGCGCGGGCGGACUUGCUGCCGCGCAGGUCGCGGGGGCGCGAGGAAGAGAUCGAGGGUCGGCGCGCUCGCGGUCGGCUGCGCGCCCCGCGCUGGAGGCAGCGCGAGCCCGGGCCGGGCCGCGUCGCCGCCAAGCAUGACGCGACAAACGCGUUCGCCAGCGUCAGCAACGAGCACUUGGCCAACGCGUCGCACCAGAUGCGCCGCCCCGAGGACGCGCAGAUCACGCGGUCGAGACAUCGUCGCACGGCCCGCGCGGCGAACGCGCGCGAUGGCGUGGGGGCCUCGCAGAACCGCGCCGACAGCUCCAUGGGCGACUCCGACGCGGCCGCGAAGUUCAGGGCGACGCGCGACCACGGCUUCCGAAAGUACGCGGGCGACUUGACUAGCGCGCGCGUCGCCCCUGGCGCGCGCAGCGCGGCGGUUGUGGUCGAGACCUCGGGCGGGCACUUCGACGAGGCCCUCGAUCAGAUCGGGCUGACGCAGCAGAUCGUGUCGAGCGAGUCGAAGACUUCCCGGAUGUCGUCGGGCACGAAGGCGGCGACGAAGGCGAAGGCUCGCGCCGAGGCGCGGGCCCGCGCCGCCGAGGCGGGCGCGCUCGACGAUCUGAUCGCGGAGGGCAACGCGGCGGGGCGAGCCAGCCAGGAGGCGCUCGAAGAGUUGAGCAAGCAGCAUGACGCCCCCGCGGUCUACGAGAUGGGAGAGGUCGUGCUUCUGGUCAAGAUGUUUGACUGCCACGCGGAGGGCACGGUGAAGCUUGCGUUGUCCUUCAGCUCGCGCCCCAACGUGGCGCCCGCGCUGGCGGCCCUCGUCCGCGCCAGGAUCGGAGGCGAAUAUGGCGCGGCGCAGCUCGAGGCGGCGAAGGAGAAAACGGCUCAACGCCGGGAACGGCUUGAGGAGCAGAAGACCGAGGAGAAGAAGGACGACGGAGGCGGCGGCAGGGGCGGCGGCCGCGCCGCGGGCGGAGACCGCGAGGGCGGCCGCGGCGGCGGCGGGGACCGCGGGGACCGCCCGGAGAGGCCGCCGAGAGGCGACCGCGGCGACUGGGACGGGGACGAGCGCCCCUCCGGCGGCAGGCGUGAAAGCACACGCGGAGAAGGGGGCAGCACCUCAACCAUGGAGUGCUACAACUGUGGAGCAAUGGGCCACAGCUCGCGGGACUGCCCCGAGCCGCGCAAGGAAAAGGGCGGCGGCAAGGGCAAAGGCAACCGCAGGGAGAUGAUCUGCGUCAAUUGCAAGAAGCCCGGGCACAAGUCGCGCGACUGUCCCGAGCCCGUCGACGAGGCAGCCGUCGCCGCCCGCUUGGCUGCCAGAGCUGCCAAGGCAGAGCAGAUGCGGAGUGCUGCGGACGAGGGAUCCUCGUGAUGAGCCACGGCGCGCGCGCGCGGCUGCAGAAGACGGAGCGUCUUCUAGGGCGCCGGACAUGUAAUUCUCUCCACGCUGAGAUCAGAUCGACCCC